AUGUUCAACACAAAACGGAAAGCUAAGGAACUACAAAAGGAUACGAACAAAACGAAAGAUAAAGAGAAGAAAGUGAAGAAAAUUGUCGGUUUACAGCAAGGUGAGAAAGUAACAAUGCAUAAAACAUUCAAAGAAAUUUAUGACGCGAUUAAUUCGCUGAAUGCAUCUAAUGAAUUUCAUGGAAAGAUCAAGCAAAUUAAGAAUGGAACAAGUACUACUGAUCCAAAAGUCAUCGCCACAGCAAAUCCAGAAUUGGUUAUUGGCAAGAGAUUCACUAUCAGGUAA